GUUUCCGCGUGAAUGGCAUUUUGUGUUUAUUUACAUUUUUAUUUAACCUGAAACGAAGUCAAUGCUGUCUUAUGGAUGCCAAAAGAUGCAGAGUCUGCGGCGGCAGCAACAUAUGCGAGAGAAGCCUCAAUCUCUUUGAGGCGGGCAACCGGAAAUUAGUACGACACAUACAAAUGCUAACAGGAUUGCGGCUGCGCCUUUCGCAAGAUGCACCUGUACUUAUAUGUUUCUGUUGUCAGUCAGAUCUCAAGAUGGCAAUGACAUUUCGCAGACUUUGUCUAAGGGCGCAAAGAACGUGGUUGCCGUACGUGGAAGAAAAAGAUGAUUCUUCGCAGAGCGAGGCCGAUACUGCCAGUGCCAGUCCAAAUGCUAGUCCGAAGCUAAGAGAGCCUCGUAGCUGUACUGUUGUCAAUACAUAUAGAGAGAGCGAUACAGAGGAGGAGAAGCCACAGCAAACAGUUGAAGUUAUGAUUAAAGAAGAGUUUAAUGCAACGUCAAUUGAGGAUGCCAGGGAACGUGAUCAUUUGGAUCCCGAUUUUGUUAUGAAGGCGGAACUUGUUGUUGACAUGGACUCAACCUCAUGCGCCAGCUUGGAAAGUAUGCCACAUGAUGACGAUUACAAGCCCGCCAAUCAGACGCUUAAAACGGAUAAGAAGAAACUCAAAAUCCGAAAAGAAGUGACCGUCUAUAUUUGCGAGCAGUGUGGUGCACAUGUAAAAACUAAACAGUUAUUUGAGCGGCACAUGCGUAAGCACACAGGAGAUCGUCCCUUUGCAUGCGACGCGUGCCCGGGACGUUUCCUGUCCGCUUCUGAACUGCGCGCUCAUACUGUCACACACACAGGCCAGCGACCAUUUCCAUGUCGCUAUUGUUCCAAUCGAUACACCAACUAUACGGGUCGCCUCAAGCACGAGCGAAUGCAUGCAAAUGUCCGGCCUUUUGUAUGCGAAGAAUGCGGCAAGGCCUUCACCAAUAACUAUAUACUAAAGAACCAUAGGCUCGUGCAUACGGGAGAGCGUUCAUUUAGCUGUGAGCUCUGCAAGCGCUCGUUUCUACGUAAGACUCAUCUGAAAACUCACUAUCGCUCGAACACUCACAAGCAAAACGUGGAGAAGCAGCAAAUAGCUCCGCCAGCAGUUACAUAAGCACGAAUUCAAAAAUAAAAC